AUGAGUUCAACGUGCCUCGUGAGUCAUGACUCUCACUGCUCAUGUCGGCUCUAUGUUGACUUUUAUGUCAACAAUCGCAAAGACCCCUUGGUUCAGAGACAGAACCAGAACAAUCUCUACCUCCUCCGAACCAACCCAUUUCCUUACGCAUCCACUUCAUCAUCGUCUUCCCCAAAGGACUACUGGUUGCUGAAACUCGAAGAGGACUUUCUUCCAGAAGCACUUGAACUUUCACAAAAUGAAUUAGAGAACUUGCCAUAUAUGCUUGGAAAGCUACAGAUGUCUAUUCUCUGGAGCACUUCGUGGAUUAUUCAUAUCAUUUUUCUAGAAGCAGUAAUGGCCGUUUUAACACUGAAAGAUUCACAAGAGGCUGAGCAGUUUGUAACUGCAAUGAAAGCAAUAAACCCAAUAAACCUAACAGCCAAAACGGAUGCAGCCAAGAACAAGCCAGCGGAGACCUAUUCAAAUAUCUGA